UCAAUGCGUUCUUCAACUAUUUUCGAUUCGACAGUGUUCGUUGUUCGUUGCUACGGCAUUGGAAGUUAAAAGAUGGCUGAUGAUUCUACUGGCAUUGCCUUCGGAAUUAUAUUUCGAUAGACUUUCCUAGCCUUGGACUACAGAGUUAACUACCUGCGAAUAUUGGCGUCGCCAUAGCCGGCUCACUAUGUCGGUUCACUACAAAUUUAAGACGGCGCUAGAUUUUGAUACAGUCACUUUCGACGGCCUUCACAUAUCCGUUGGUGACUUUAAAAAGGCUGUGUGUCAACAGAAGCGUGUCGGGAAAUCAACAGACUUUGAUCUACAGGUCACAAAUGCUCAAACUAAAGAAGUCUAUGCUGAUGAUGGCACAUUGAUACCGAAGAACACGUCGCUGAUUGUUGCCAGAGUUCCACUUACUGCACAUCAGAAACGGAUUUGGGCUCGUGAAGCAGCUGCGUCAUCUCAAGCACUCAACAAAGCUACAGCUGAUGACGGACUAGACCAUGGCCACUCAAGACUUGCUAGGGCUGUGGAUCUUUCAAGAGUUGACGCUAGUGAAGAGGAUAAAAUUAAGGCCAUGAUGAGCCAAGCCACUUCAGACUACGACCCGAGCAACUAUGUCAGAAUCAAGGGAUCAGGUCAAGUUGGAGAGGUGCCUCUUCAUUACCGAUGUCACAGAUGCCACCAGAGUGGACAUUGGAUCAAAAACUGUCCCUUAAACCGGGAAUCUGGGGAGACGGUGGCUGAAAUCAAGAAGAGCACAGGUAUACCUAGAAGUUUCAUGGUACCUGUAGAAGGCCCAAUGGUCCCAGGCGCCAUGAUAACUCCGCUUGGCGGGUUUGCGGUGCCAGCCAUUGACCGUGAAGCUUACCUGGAGCAGCAGAAGGAAAAGCCUACUUUGCGAGAAGAUGAGUGCCCUGCUGAGGUGAAGCCAGAACUCCCUGAAGAUCUAGUCUGCAGCAUAUGUGAAGAUCUGCUCACUGAUGCGGUCAUGAUACCUUGCUGCGGCAAUUCAUUUUGCGAUGAAUGCAUUCGCACAACACUUUUGGACAGUGAAGAUCAUGAAUGUCCUGACUGCAAGGAUAAAGGUGUUUCGCCCGACACCUUGCUGCCCAACCGGUUCCUGAGAACAUCAGUUGCCAAAUUUCGUAACGACACAGGAUACAUUAGACCUCUUCGUCAUCCAAUUGAGCUCCCACCAAUCCAAAUGCCUUCGCCUGUCGCCAAGGUCGAGGAGGAGCAGGAGGAGCCCACCAAACAAGAAUCAAGUAGUUCCCUUACGCCCAAAUCUGAAGACCUGGAUCAAGAUAAGUCUCCCGAUUCAAGAUCAGAGGAGAGGAGCAGGUCAAGCAGAUCACCGACGAGGCGCAGAUACAGGGAGGACACGCCCACUCAUGAUGAGCCGCAGGUGGCCAUCAACCCCAUGCCACCACAGACACAUCUUCUUGAGACACCUGUUGGUAUUCAUACUGCAUACAACGCUCCUCCACCCCCUGGUGUAGAUGACCACUUUGUUCCCAACUACCCACCACCCAGUAUCAGACCUGGUACCAUGGGCUACGGUCAGCGUCCCUACAGAGCUCCAUACUACGGCCGCAGGGACAAUGAGUAUGCUUACCCAUAUGACGGGCGACCGCCGUUCAGGCAGCAGCGGUUCGAAAGACCACCUGUGAUUGAGGAUCCAUUGGAGGCUUUCAACAGGAUCUUAAGAGCGAAAGACGAGCAGAGGAGGCGGCGAAGAGACAGAUCAUUCUCGCCAAGGCAAAAAAGGAGAUCCAGAUCUCCUAGGUCACGGUCUCCAUUGCUUCGCAGGUCGCCGCCACCGCCUUUAAUGAAUGUUAGAAGAAAAUCUCCCGCCAAGAAGUUCUCUCGCUCAAGAUCUAGGUCUCCAAUUGCACGCAGAGCACGGUCCCGCUCUUUCUCCUUGUCGCCAAGUCCAUCAAGGCAUCUUCGUCCUCUUUUGCCCAGGCCCAGGCAUUCCAGAUCUCGUUCUCCUAUGCGCUACAUGCCAGAGAAGUACAUAGAGCGGCCAGACAAGCACAUGGACCGCAUUGAUAACUACAUGGAUCGUGGCUUAAAGUACGUGGGCAGGCAGGAGAAGUACAUGGAUAGAAACGUGGAAAGGGCUGACAAGUUUUUGGACAGAAAUGAUAAAUAUGUGGAGCGUUUGGACAAGUACUAUGAAAAACCACCUGAAAAGUAUGUGGACAAGUUUGUGACGGAAAAGUAUGCUGAGAGACCAGAGAAGUUUGUGGAGCGAAGUGAGAAGUUUGUAGAUAGACCUGAAAAGCACACUCGGUCAAGGAUUGACGAGCACAAGUCAUCCAAGCACCGGGAAAAGGAGAGGCUAACUGUUGCGUAUCCGGAGGAGCGAGAGUUUCACCGAGAAGUUGAGAGCACUGAAAGACUGCACCGAGAGCCGGAAAAGCCUCUAGAGGACAAGGCCGAGUCUCCGAAGAAAUGUAUCGAGGAUUACAGAACCCUGAUCAACAUCAAAAAGGCCAAGCAUGAAAGUACAAAGAAGUCUUCCUCAGAAACAGAAGACAAGCCAAAGGAGGUGAAAGUCAAAGAGAAGAAAAAGCGACGAGAGAGUGUUGGCACUAAGAAGAAAAAACAUAAGGAAAAGGAUAAGGAGAAAAAGAAGAAGACAAAAGCUCCAAAGUCAACCAAGGGAGACGAAGAUGAAGACAAACAGCAAGGCGAGGCCCCUGACACAACUACUGCCGAAGAGGAACCAAAAGAGGACGUUCCUGGACUGGCAAAAGAAGUUGAAGUGGAACAGCCAAUUGCUGAAGAUAAAGCAGAAGAGCUUGUUAAACCUGAAAUCAUGCCAGAGCCAUCAAAAUGGGAAAAGAGUGAGGACGAGGCUGAAAAUUCUAGAGACGAACCAGAUAAGAAUAUGGAAGAAGAGAAGUCGGUGACUGUGGAAGUGCUGAAGCGUGCCGAAAAUGCAAUUUUUAAGAAAGCGAUCAAUGCAAUCCGGCCUGAAAGAAAGGUGUUUUUGGACUCAAAGUCCUCAGAAGACAUCCAUGUAAAUAUAACGGUAGAAGAUGUGCCGAAGAAAGCCGAAAAGAGGAAAUCAACUGAUGAACAAGAGAUAGAGACUGUUAAGAAGAAGCACAAAAAGGAUAAGAAGAAGAAGACCAAAAAGAAAAGCAGCUCGUCCUCUAGUAACAGUAGUUCUGACUCCGAAGUGCACAAAAAAAAGAAGAAAAAGAAAAAGGCCAAGAAAUCAAAGAAGAAGAAGCACCACUCUUCUGAAGAGAGUGAUUCUUCCUCAGAGGAAGAAAAGAAGCCCAGAAAGAAAUCGAAGAAGAAAAAAUCUAAAAAAUAAACGUUGUAAACUCUUAUUUUCCUUGGUUGUUGUAGAUAGCAUAAAUCUCUUGAAAUGUAUAGAAUUUUCUUUGUAUAUUUGUCUCAUAAAAUAAAUAUAU